AUGACUUUCGAUAUUCUUUCUUGGACAGAUCCGAUGCGUGAAACUCUCAUUAAAAAUUUUCAAAAAAAUGAAUGCUUGUGGAAUAUAAUCGAUGUUGAUUAUCGAAAUAUCGCAAAAAAACGGCAGAUUUUAUGUGAUAUGGCUAAAGAGAUGUCGGAAACAUUUGGUGUUUGUAUUGGAAUUGGUCAUUUGAAUCGACAGUGGCAAUCACUUCGCGAUCAGUACAGGCGAGCGAAAAAAAAAUUGGAAAAUGCAAAUGGUCAUAUGAAGCCGUGGCGAUUCCUGCAAAUGCUUAAGUUUACCGAUACCUCUGAUAGUGCUGAUAUCACCGAUCCUCUAACCGUAUACAGUUCAUUGGUGUGGGAUGAGGCAUCUGAAACAGCACAACAUUUAUCUUAUCCCAGUGAUCGUCCAUUUUCUACUCCAAGUGCCUCAAUGUUUGAUAACGAAAUUGGUGAUUCGAUAACUUAUAACGGAAGGUCAGCAAAACGUGAAAAUGAUACAAUAGUGACAUUUUCAGCAGCAUCAAGCGAAGUCACUUCCGUACAUCCAUCUUUUAAUUCAUCGGUAAAAAAUAUCACUGUAACAUGUUCACCUACUGUCGCUCAAGAAAUUUAUGUCCAUGGACAUGCCGAAGAAUAUAGUAAUGGUGGGGCUAAUGAGAUCUUGGGUAGUAUGCUGGCCGGGCGGGAACAUGAUUCUCCUGCGCCAAGUGAUUCUUCUAUUGAAAAUCGAAACGAUAAGCAACUGGUUGAUCGAUCAUCUGUACCAACGAUAUCCACAGGUGAGAUUAAAGUGGAAAACCAAUAUAUGACAGGUCGGAAACGUUUGACUCAGAAUUCGUUAUAUCAUGGAGUUGAUAAAAGGUCAAGGUUUUCUGAAGAGAAUCAGCUUGAUGAUUACGAUGAGUUCAUUACCUUUAGUCGAACUGUGGAAAAGAAGCUUGGUUUGAUAGCGUGUCGUAAUCGUCGCCUAUAUCUAAUUGCUCAAAAGAAAAUAAUGGAUUGCCUCUUUGAAGCUGAAUUUGAGUUACUAGAACAUGAGGCAAAUUUAAUUCAAAUUAUGUUUUUAUCGUAUUUUAAUAAAUCGUUUAGCGAUGAGGAAUCGUCCGAAUUUCAGUGGGCAAAAAUGAUCAAUGAAAAAGUUUAG